UCUCGCUAAGGGUGACGGGAUCAGGGGGCGGGGCCGGCCGGGCACGAUGGCGGCGCCCGUGGAGGUGGCCGUGUGUACGGACUCCUCGGCGCAGCUCUGGAGCUGCGUUGUGUGGGAGCUUCACUCGGGCGCCAACCUGCUCACCUAUCGCGGCGGCCAGGCGGGGCCGCGGGGCCUGGCGCUGCUCAAUGGCGAGUACCUGCUGGCGGCUCAGCAGGGCAAGAACUACAUCUGCGCUUGGGAGCUGCAGCGCAAGGACCAGCUCCAACAGAAAAUCAUGUGUCCUGGUCCGGUCACCUGUCUGACCACAGCACCCAAUGGCCUGUAUGUCCUGGCAGGAAUUGCAGAGAGCAUCUACCUAUGGGAGGUCUCCACUGGGAACCUCCUGGUCGUCCUCAGCCGUCACUACCAAGAUGUGUCAUGCCUGAAGUUCACGGGUGACAGCAGCCACUUUGUCUCAGGAGGCAAGGACUGUCUGGUGCUGGUCUGGAGUCUCUGCAGUGUGCUGCAGGCAGACCCGUCCAGGAUCCUCGCCCCGAGGCAUGUCUGGUCCCAACACACGCUUCCCAUCACAGACCUGCACUGUGGCUUUGGGGGCCCCAUGGCCCGGGUGGCCACCGCUUCGCUGGAUCAGACUGUGAAGCUCUGGGCCGUGUCCUCGGGAGACCUGCUGCUGUCGGUCUUGUUUGACGUUGGCAUCACGUCUGUGACCAUGGACCUGGCGGAGCAUCACAUGUUCUGUGGAGGUAGCGAUGGCUCUAUCUUCCAGGUGGACCUGUGCAGCUGGCAGCCCGGACAGAGAGAGCACAACUUCCGGCCUGAGCAGAGCGCGGGGAAGGUCUUCAAGGGGCACAGGAACCAAGUCACGUGCCUGUCGGUGUCCACGGACGGCAGCGUUCUGCUGUCGGGCUCCCACGACGAGUCUGUGCGGCUGUGGGACGUGAAGAGCAAGCAGAGUCUGCGCACAGUCACCCUCAAAGGCCCAGUGACCAAUGCAGCCAUCGUGCUGGCCCCGCCCAGCAUGCUGAACCCUGAAUCCAGGCCCAGCCUGCCUCUGCCCCACUUCAAUAAACACCUACUGGGCGCUGAGCAUGGAGAUGAGGCCCAGGGCGGGGGCCUGCGCCUGCAGCUAGGCCUCCAUCUGCAGGGCACUGAGCAGACCUACCUGGAGAGGCUGGAGCAGCUGCAGUCCGCGCUGGCAGGCUACAUGGCGAAGAACAUGCUAGGCAACCAGAUGUUGCCAGCUCGGGUGUUGGAGCUGGAGGAGGAGGUGCGCAGCCUGCGGAAGAUCAACCGGGACCUCUUCGACUUCUCCACGCGCAUCAUCACGCGGCCCUCCAAGUGACCACGCUGGGCAGCCGUCAGGAAACGCUUGCCUGGGGUCUGAUGUCUAACAAUGAAUGGACUAUGAAGUUUA